UGAGGCUGUGGGUAGCAGGUGUUGCCGUGAGCUGUGUGAAUGUCCAGCUCAUCGCAGCCUGGAGAGAAUGUGGCUCCCUGUCCUUCUGCAGUUUUAUGACGAGUCUAUCUGCAUUUCACAAGUCAGUUAUUACUCGUGACUGAUGCUCACCCGCCAAGCCUGAAUAAACAAAAGUGCACCACGCAUCCACAUACCUCACACAGACACAAAUAUUUGCUUUGUUCACGUGGCUGGGAAGAGAAUGCCAUUCUACCAGGGAUGAGCCACAGCACCAGACCCUCCACAGCAGUCCCUGAGCAAGCAGAAGCCUCACCCCGUUCUUACUCUUCUAGUUUCCUAGGGUCAGCAUCCACGAAAACAGGUUACAUGGCCAGCGAGAAGAGUCUCCUCCUUGCCGCCAGAGAAGAUGUGGGAGAGGAGCCAGAGCAGAUAGAUUCCUUGGCCGGCUUCCCUUCCUCUCUCCAACCUGGGCUAAUGACAGGUCUUUUCCCAGAUGUAUUUUUACCCUCUGGACAAAUAGCAGUUGGGACGAGUGGGGCUUUUUUUUAUGAGUUGAGGUACGCACGGCUGGAAAAUAAACAGCCGGCUAAUGAGACGUUCUUAUGGAAACCAGAAUAAAUAAUAACAAAGCAAACAUCCUGUGCCCCGUGCCAGCACCCCCGGGUGAGGGGAUAUAAAAGCUGCCGUCCAGCUGGCCGCUGUCAGACCUAGGGGAAAUUCGGCCGCGUUCCUGACCUGCGACCUUACCGGCUGGGACCAUGGGAUGCUGCCCGGGAGACUGCCUCAAUUGCUGCUCCCAGGAACAAGACUGCUGUGAGGAGUGUUGCUGCCAACAGGGCUGCUGCAGCUGCUGCGGCUCGUGCUGCGGUUGCUGCGGCUCCUGCUGUGGCUGCGGAGGUUCUGGCUGCGGAGGCUCUGGCUGCGGAUCUGGCUGCUGCGGGUCUGGCUGCUGCGGAUCUGGCUGCGGGGGCUGCGGAUCUGGCUGCGGGGGCUGCGGGGGCUGUGGAAGCAGCUGCUGUGGCAGCGGGUGCUGCGGCUCGAACAGCUGCGGUUGCUGUGGUCCGGUGUGCUGUCAGCCCUCACCUGUGUGCGAGACGAAAUGAAGACUUUCCCCGCUGUAACUGAGGGGAGAGCCUGCACCCGCUCCCUAUGGAAACCUCCUCCUCUCCUGACCCCUUCACAUCUCCAAGACAGUGACCUGCCUCUCAUGUUAUUUCUGAGAGGAGAGCUUGCCCUGGUGUCUAAGGCACUCAGGACCAAAGAGCCAUUUCCUGGCGAGAAAUUAAAGCUGGGUUCCAAAGAGGUGGUCACCAAGUUCAAUUUCCCUGGCUCUGUUUGCCUGAGGUCAAAUGCCUUGAAGCCAUGAGGCAUUCUCUUAAGCUUUGGACCUCUUGGUCCACCCUAGCUUUCUGCUCCUCUGAAACUUUGUCAACUUUUUAAUAAAUUCAA